AGACUCAGAAGUCUUAUCCAAGAUGCCUCUCGUCAAGCUCUACUUCACUCCUGUCCUGCUGCUCCUCAUGCUCACCUGUCCUCAGGUCAGCCAGUCUGUGCCAGUGAUGCGUAAAGGACCGCUGACUGAAUCCUGUGUUGUAUACGCACAGAUGCUUCUCCAGAACAUCACUGACACACUCACACAGAAUAAACUGUUCACUGGAAUCGACUGCAUCAAUCAGAGUGUGGAGCUGAACCUAGAGACCAACACGCCAUCUGUGUGUGCACCAAAGGAAUCAACAUGCUCAGGAACAGUCAAGUCAGAAUUUGAUCAGGAGUCAUGUCUGACAAACAUUGGGGAGGAUCUGCAUCACUACUAUAAAUUCCUCGCCGCUCAGCCGGACCCUGACAGUUUACUGGGUCCAACUGUUCUGUUCAGGCUCAGAGAGAUCAUGGAGAACUGCUUCAGUUGGUCUCUGCCAACGGACCUGGCCUCAAUGGAGGCUGCUGCAGAGCGUAAAAGCACCUACGAAGAAAGACUGAGCCUCUGCAAAGUGCUGAAGGGCUUCCGGGUGCGCAGCAUCACAAUAAACCGAGCCAUUUCAUACAUGAACUCUGGUGAUCACACUAAAUGAGACAUAGAGCUCCAACGGAUAGAGUAGUUUCAGAAAGCUAUA